GUGACGAAGACUGGGAUUUGUAAGGGGUGAAGGCGUCGAAAUAAACGCGUUAGUUAAGUAUUUUUACGGAACGAUCUCCGAAUACUUUCCUCCCCGUCCGGAGUGACCGGGUAAGUGGCGUAAAUCGAGUCUAGAUUAUUUCCGAGGCGCUUUCCGGCCUCUCCCUCCCAUCGACCGUCAUUUAUUUCUUACCUUCCCCAUUUAAAAAAUUUCAAACUUCACGUAUAAACCGAGUGGGUCCGGGCGCGCAGGUAAGUGGCGUUCUAAUAUUGUUUACGGAAAUUACGGAGAAAGCGGGAUGUAAAAUAAAUAUUUUGCCUGGUGACGGCAAAAUAUUUUCCAGACGUCAGAAACGUAAACACGAUCGGUAACCGCAGCAAAACGGAAGGUGGAUGUCGAAAGGGCGACACAACGGAAAGAACUAAUCCGGACGGACGAAAGCCACUUAACGCAGUCAAGGUCUCUCCGUCCCCAUCCGACGCGUCGGCCACGUCACCGGCCGCAGCCAAUGGGAAGAGCGGCCGAAAUGUUUUUUCGGGUUCGGUCGGUGCGCCGAUGGAGAGGAGAUUCGAGCGGUAAACAUGGACGGGUGUUCGGACGACGGAGAGGGAGCCGAGGAGAAAAGAGCGUGUUGCCGCCCUUCCAAUUUCGCCAGGAGGCACUGGGUGACCCUUCUGGUCGUUUCUCUGCUGGCUCUGGUGGCGCUGGUGGCCGCCGCGGUUUUCGGUUUCGUGGUCUUCCCCUUUUUGUCGGCCAAAGCGCCCAGAGGUUUCCGUUUGCCCCCCACUCUGGUGCCCGAAAACUACGUGCUGGAAAUACGUCCGUACUUGGCUCCGCACAAUUUGACUUUCCGGGGCAGCGCGCUGGUCACCGUAACCUGCGCGCUUCCCACUAAAAACGUAACCGUCCAUUCUAACAACUUGACCGUUGACGAAACUCGAGUGACGGACUCGAACGAUAAUUCCACGCUGACGGUGGAAUGGAUGGAGGAAGACGAGGAAAAUCAGUUCCUGAUUCUUCACCUGGAUCGAAGUCUUCGAGUGGGUAACGUCUACAGAAUUUUCUUUCGUUUCUCGGGUGUCCUCAACGAUUCCAAAGUCGGAUUCUACUGGUCGUCUUACCAGGAAGACGGUGCCACCGAGUAUUUAGCGGUUACUCAUUUCGAACCCGUAGACGCGCGAAGAUGUUUUCCUUGUUUCGACGAACCUGCCCUGAAAGCUACUUUCGACGUAACCAUCGUCAGGUGGAGAAACAUGACGUCGCUGUCCAACAUGCCGAAACUUAAAUCGGAAGACAGAGACGAAGAUUGGGUGGCCGACGUUUAUCAAACGUCGGUAAAAAUGUCGACUUAUUUGGUGGCCAUAUUCGUGGGAAAUUUUUACAGAAACGGGGACGAUAAAUUUGCCAUCUGGACCACCAGAAACAAUCUAAAUAGGACGCAGUUUGCUUUCGAGUUGACGCCGAAAUUUAUUAAAUUCUUCGAAAAUAUUCUGCAAGUGCCUUACUCUCUUCCUAAAUUAGAUAUGAUUUCCGUGCCGGAACACAAAAGCAGCGCCAUGGAGAAUUGGGGCCUGAUCGUUUAUCACGACGCCAAUCUUCUUUACGAUCCCGAGAUUAACACCGAUUCCGAAAAGCAGUUUACUUCUCGGAUUAUCGCUCACGAAAUUAGUCACCAAUGGUUCGGAAAUCUAGUGACACCCAAAUGGUGGCAAGACAUUUGGUUAAGCGAAGGUCUGGCCACCUACUUGGAGAGUAUCGCCGUCGACGCCGUUCUACCCGGGUGGAAUAUGGUGGACGGAUUGGUUCGAAGCGUGGAAAACAUCGUGGCUUACGAUUGCUCCGAUCAUUCCAUCGCGGUUUCUCAAAAGGUCGAUCGGACGCCGAAACUCUUUCGACUCUUUAACUCUUUCACUUACAAAAAGGGUGGCAUGAUCGCCAGAAUGGUCCAUCACGUCCUGGGAAACGAAACCUUUUGGAGAGGUUUGUCGAGUUAUUUGAAGGAGAAGUCUUUCGACAGCGUGGAAGAAAACGAUCUCUGGAGACACUUUACUCAAGCUCAACCGAAAGAGAGAGCCAUCCACAUUGGGCGCAUUAUGGAAUCUUGGACUCACAAUCGCGGAUAUCCGGUGGUGACCGCGGUCAGGGACUACGACAACGGAAGGGCACUCCUCACUCAAACCUCUUGUUUGACCAAACACGUCAAGGAUAAGAACUUCCUCAGCGUGUGGAAGAUUCCCCUGACCUACACGGACGGAAGAAAUCCGGAUUGGACUCCUAAAGUUAGGAAAUGGUUGGGCACCAUCAAAGGAACGUUAUUUAAUCUGCCCGGGAGCGAACAUUGGAUUUUAAUCAAUAUUCGACAAGUGGGUUAUUAUCACGUAAAUUACGACCUGCAAAACUGGAAACUGUUGAGUGCGCAACUUCAGAAGGAUCAUCGGGUUAUUCCCGUCGUCAAUCGCAGGCAACUACUAAGGGACGUAAGCUAUUUCGUGCGCGACAAGCUGUUAAAUUACGACACGCUUUUGGAAAUGUCCCUUUUCCUAAGGAAAGAAGAAGAUCACAAAGUGCUGGAAGCUCUUUUCUACUUACCUCUGUCCGACGUGCACGAGAUGGUGCGACAUAACAAAUUGUUUAACGCCUGGAAGAAUUACGUGCAUUUCAUCUUGGGUUCCGUUUACGAGUAUUUGGGUUGGGAAGAAAGAAAGGACGACAGUUACGAAAUUAAAUUCUUGAGGAGAAAACUGAUUUAUAGAACUUGCAGUUACGAGUAUCUUCCCUGUUUGGAAAGGGCGGCCGAGAAGUACAGAUCUUGGAUGGCGAAAGAAGAGCACUUUAAUAAAUCGUCUUCGCUGGUGGUUCGGACCGUGUUUUGCACCGCCGUUCGUCGCGGAGACUCGUCCGAUUGGAACAACGUGGUGCAACUUCUGUCGGAAUACGAGAAGAACAACGAGCUGACCUACGCUCUGGGGUGCUCCACCAACGUCUCGCAAAUUAACAGAUACUUAGAAUCGCUCUUGAAAUCCGGGUUCGAUUCCGAAGACGUACUGGGGUUGUUCAGAAGUAUUUUGGAGAACGAAAUAGCCUGGACUUGUUUGUUCGAUUUCGUCGACAAUAACUGGGAGACGAUCGUAAAUAAAUAUUAUAAUUCCACGGUUACGACCAUAUUUAAUUCCAUGCAAAACAUCAAAGAAUUGCAAGAGCUGGAGAACGUCUUCGACAAUCGCAACCAAUCGCUGAGGGAGAGAGAACCCGUUCUGUACGCGAAUUUGGAGAAAGUGUUGAAGUCCAGACAGAACAACUUCCAACCGGUUCAGGACUGGCUGCAGCAUCAAUCCUGGAAAAUCCGUCUCUACUCCGAUCUUUAAUUCGCUCCUCUUGGUCUUCUAAUGUACUGUACGGCGCCUCUCCUUAGAAUUUAAUAAAUUUUUAUAUGGGAAAGAAACUUUAAGCGAAAUGUUCUGUUUCUGCUUCGCCACGUUUUAAGGGCCGGAAAAAGUGUCGGCCCCGAUAACGGAUCCCGGUAAUAUUUUUUAAAGUAGCGGCGGGGGCGGAGAGGGGAAGAAAUCUCCGAGAUGUAAAUUUUCGCUCCGCUCGGCGGCUCGUCGUUUCGUUAAUUCGGAAGUUUCCGUCGACGGAAUCUUACUUUCGGAAGGUAUUUUCCAAAAACAUGUAACGUUUGCAGGCGGAUUAAUCGACGACCGUUCUGGGUGGAGAGUAAAUACCGCCGGUAACGCGGAAUGAAUCCUAUCCUAUAAAUUAUCGUUUUUGCUUUUCUUCUAAAUCACCGAUAUAAGAAUAAUGCGCUUUCGCAAGUGCAAUUUAAACUCGUUAAAAUCGAUAAUUUUGUCCGGCAGUCGUCCGACCGUCACGCUCUACUUGGGGCGCUAAUAUUUCCAGCGGAUUAAAGGCAGAAGCGUAUUUUUGAAUUCGGUAGGCGUCGGAUUAUAAAAGUCCUCCUUUUCGCCUAAUUUUACAAUUCGAUUAUUUACGACAAAAAGUCGAUACGCGUAACAUUUCCGCAACGAGUGGCGGGUGAAAAAGGGAGGAAAACGAAAUAGAAAUGGGAAAAAUUCAUUACCGACGAUUAAUAAUUCAGUAUUUGUAUAAUUCCGGGAUCGAUGUUUAUAAA